AUGUUUGCAAAGGAACCGCAUAUCAAACCGCUCUCAAAUUUGAAGAAUAGUGAUAGGAAGAAGUUACAAGCUACAAUAAAGAGUAAGAUUAAUGAAAAUUAUUCUUUGCCUACACCAGUAAUCAAGCAAACAAGCUUUCAAGUGCAGAACUUAGCCGGAUUCAUCUACACAGAUGAGACGAACAAGCCAAUUUGGUUCAAAACAAAGUUUGAGGAUCAAUUAUACCCUACCAUAUAUAACUUAUGGAAAUUUCAAGAGCAAUUGCUUCCCAUCAUUUUAACUCAUGAUUUUGUCAUCGAGGAGCAUAUACUAGGCGGUGCUAACUUAAUGCUUCCUGGAACAGUUCCACCAUUUGAUAGUAGAAUAAAGAAAGGCACUGUUGUAGGUAUUGCAUCAACGAAAGAACCUUUGCUUGUUAAAGCGGUAGGUGUGGCAGAGAUGGAUCUUUACGGCAUAACACACGUUAUAGGGACUAAAGGUAUAGCUGUAAGAGUGGUACACUAUUUAGAUGACGGAUUAUUCAAAGCAUUUAAAGUAGACAUUGAUCCACCAGUAUUUGAACAUAUUGAUACCGGUAGCAGUAAUCGUGAAGAUGAAGUAGAAUCUUCAACUAAUAUCGAAUCAGAAGGGGAAGAAGAAGAAGGGGAAGAAGAAGAAGCAGAAGAAGAAGAGGAAAAGGAGGGAAGAAACGAAAACGAUGAAGAAGUUGAAGAAUUGGCUGAAACUUUAGAUCAAUUGAGUUGCGAAGACGUCGAUCACAUGUUGCUUCGCGCAGUGAAAUAUACAAUCAAAUUCGAUAGCAAGGUCACACUACCUAUGGUUGCAUCCACAUUUAUAUCCAACCAUGUAUUGAAAAAUCUACCAGACGUCGACACCAGUGUUGUAAACCUAAAGAAAUCAUCCUGGAAGAAGGCCACUAAAUUCCUCAAAUAUUUGGAGGAUGAAGGUUACAUCAAGUUAAAGGGGAAGAACGAUAAUUUCACUGUCAUAUCAAUCGAUAAAAAUCAUAAAACCCUAGAAAAUAUGGAACCUUAUAAGACGCUUGCGUCCUCAGUCAAGAAAUCAACAGGUACCGAAAAUAGCAACAGCGCAAAAAAAAAGAAUUCUGCAUACAGUGGUGAGAACUUGUAUAAACCCAUGAGUAGUGCGCAAAAACUCAUCAUCGAAACCACUGGAGAUGUUCCAAAACAGUAUUACACCCAACAAGAACUCAAAAAGAUUUUGGACUCAUAUAUCUCACAGAAAAAGUUAAUAGACCCAAACAAUAAAUCGCUGGUCAAAUUUGACGACACACUUUUCAAAAUGUCAAAUAAAUCUACACAGAAUGGCGGAAUUAAUUCUAUUUCCAGAGCAUUGUUACUUUCUCCUACUUUUCUCUCCAAAAAUUUUAACACAUACCAUCAAAUAUACAAACCAGAUGGAUCUCCUUUACUAAAAUCUCCCGAAAAGGGCACGAUUCCCAACAUUGAAAUCGUCACAGAAAAGAAAAUUGGUAGAAAGAUCAUCACAAGAGUCAGUAACUUCGAAAAGUUCAAAAUUGACGAUGAAGAAUUGGCUGCAGCCCUAAGAAAAAAGUGCAGCGGAUCCACCACCAUCGGAGAGUCAAAGACACUAAAGACGAAAGAGGUCCAGGUCCAGGGACCACACGGCGCCAUUGCAAUAUCUAUUCUAAAUGAUUACGGUAUUCCAACAAAAUGGAUAUCCUUCGAGAACAAAGUUAAACCAAAACAAAAAAAGAAAAUAUGA